AUGCCCCAAGUCGAUCUUGAAGCCUUUGUUUCUUCAGUAUGCGCCGGUAGUUCCGACCGGAAGAUCGCAUGCGAGACAACCUUCUCCGACGAUCCAACAACUCGACCUUACAACAACAACAACUCCGUCGUGAGUCCGACUGAUUUUCCACCGGAAUCUUAUUUCUUGUCGGAAGAUGCUCAGCUCGAGUGGUUCAACAACAACGCUUUCUUCGAUCGUCAAGAUUCACAGAGAGGAAAUUCUACGAUUCUCAAUUCCAAUCCAAACUCGAAUCCGAGCUCUCAACGUUUCUUACUCAAAUCCAAGGCUUCGAUCAUCGGUUUACCGAAACCACAAAAGACUUGUUUCAACGAGGCGAAGCAGCACCGGAGAAGCAAGAACAAUAAGGUUAUCUUGAAACGGGUCGGGUCAAGAAUCAAGACGGAUAUAUCUCUGCUCGAACCUUCUUCUCCUAAGGUCUCUUGCAUCGGUAAAGUGAGAUCAAGAAGAGAACGCAGCCGUAGGCACCGUCAGAAAUCGGUUCGGGUUGACCCGUUAAAGGAGAAAGCGAACCGGGUCAAGAAACCCGGGUUUUUGGCGAGUUUCAGAGCAAUCCUCAAGAUCGGAGGUGGCUGCAAAGACGUGUCAGCGCCGCCGAGUAGGACAGACGACAUCAGGAGCCGGCUUCCGAAGUCGGAGAACGUUGAUAAGUCGUCGUUCGACGGCGGAGAACCGGUGGUGCCCGGUUUGGGAGGGAUGAACCGGUUUGCUUCUGGAAGAAGAGCGGAUUCGUUUGGUGGGUGUUGA